UGUGAUGUGUCCCAAGAACGACUCUUUGUGAAGUUUGAGGAGAGGGCUUCUGUGCCCAGUCCUGCAGUGGACAUGCUUGGCUCAGUGGGGCAGAGAUCAGGCAAAGGUUGUGAUGCCGUCCAGGCUGGGAGUCCCAGGGAAUUCUGGGAGAGAACAGUGCAGAAGAUCCCAGGUAGGAAGGACACACUCGCCUCAGACUCUCAGCGCCAGCGGUUCAGGCGCUUCCGUUACCAGGAGGCCAAAGGACCCCGAGAGGUUUGCAGCCGACUCCACCACCUUUGCCGUCAGUGGCUGAAGCCAGAGACACACACCAAGACUCAGAUCCUGGACCUGGUGAUCCUGGAGCAGUUCCUGGCUGUCCUCCCCCCGGAGAUGGAGAGCUGGGUGAGGGAAUGUGGAGCAGAGACCAGUUCCCAGGCGGUGGCCCUGGCCGAAGGUUUCCUCCUGAGCCGGGCAGAGGACAGGAAGCAGGGAGGGCUGCAGGUUCAAGGGACCAUCCCGGAGGUGGGCAAUGAAUCCCCUGAAUCCAGGGAGAAUCUGCCGGUAACCUUGCAGACGGCGCUAUCUGGGGAAAUUUUGCCGGAUAAUCAAACUCGGGACACGUCACUGGGAAAUGGAAUAACAUUGCGGAAGCUCCCUAUGACAUCACCUUUUCACAGCGGAGCAGAAACAGACCCUGAGCAACCGACUGAGGUUCUAGUGUCCUUUGAGGAGGUGGCUGUGUAUUUCACCAACGAGGAGUGGGCUUUGCUGGAUUCGAGCCAGAAAGCCCUGCAUAGGGAAGUCAUGCUGGAGAAUUCCCGGAGCGUGGCCUCACUCGAUGAAGGGUGGGAUAAUAAGGAUGACGACGAACUCUGUGCAGCACCAUCGGAGAGAAACAGGCUUCAAGACAUGGAUGAGAACUUCAGAGAUAAAGAAGGACCAAAUAAGCAGGAAGAAAACCAAACCAGGAAGUGGGGGAAUAAAUCUUUGCCCGGGCAGAACUUUGAUGAAAUUCCAGUUCAGCAGCAGAGACGAAAAGGAAAGAAAAAGAAUGUCUGCUCGCUGUGUGGGAAAGUCUUCAGCCGCAAAUCACACUUCAACGUCCACAUGAGGAUCCACACAGGCCAGAAGCAGCAUAAGUGUUUGGACUGCGGAAAGAGCUUCCGGCAGAGAGCGCACCUCACCUCCCACCAAAGAAUCCACACGGGAGAGAGGCCUUAUAAAUGCUUGCAGUGCGGGAAGAGCUUCAGGGAGCGUGCACACUUCACCGUACAUCAGAGAAUCCACACAGGGGAAAAACCCUACCAGUGUUCGGAGUGCGGAAAGAAGUUCACUAGGAGCACAAACCUCGCUUCCCACCUGAGAAAACACACGGGGGAGAAACCCUAUAAAUGCCCGGAGUGCGGAAAGAGCUUCAGGCAGCUUGCGUACCUUACUUCACACCAGAGAAUCCACACCGGAGAAAAACCGUAUCAGUGUUCGGUGUGCGGAAAGAGCUUCAACAGGAACACAAACCUUACCGCCCAUCUGAGAAAACACACGGGAGAGAAACCUUAUAAGUGCGCCGUAUGCAGUAGGAGCUUUUGUGAUAAAUCAGGCUUCAAUAUACACCAGUUGAUUCAUUCAAAGGAUAAGCCGCAUAAAUGUUUGGUGUGUGGCCGAAGCUUUAUUCGGCGUUCGCAGCUUACUUCCCAUGAAGGAAUCCAUACGGGGGAGAAGCCGUAUAAAUGCUUGGUGUGUGGAAAGAGCUUCCACCGGAGCUCCAACCUUACUUCCCAUCAGAGAAUCCACGUGGGAGAGAAACCGUAUAACUGCUCAGAAUGUAGCAAGAGCUUUUACGACAGAUCGCGCCUCCUUAUUCACCAAAGGACUCACACGGGCGAAAAACCGUAUAAAUGCCCGGAGUGUGGAAAGAACUUCAAGUGGCAUGCAAACCUUGCUUCUCAUCAAAGGACACACGGAGGAGAAAAGCCCUAUAACUGUGUGGAGUGUAGCAAGAGCUUUUAUGACCACUCCCACCUUCUUACACACCAAAGAAUCCACACGGGAGAGAAGCCUUAUCAGUGCUCGGUGUGUGGAAAGAGCUUCAGCCAGAGCUCAAGCCUUACUUCCCACCUGAGAGUCCACACAGAAGAGAAACCCUAUCAGUGCACAGAGUGCGGGAAAAACUACACUCAAAGAAGAAACCUGAUCAGACAUCAGAAAAUCCACUCGGGAGAAAAAACAUACCAAUGCCUGGAAUGUGGAAAGAGCUUUUAUGAUAAGUGUAUGCUUAAGAGACACCAAAGAACUCACAGAGGGAGCAGUGAACCCAUCAUGUCUUGGAGUGUCGAAAUGGCUUCCGAUGGUGAACCGAUUUUACUUCCCCUUGGUGGAUUCACACCAGAAAAGCAGUAUGUGAUUUGAGACUGAGUAACCAAUCGAACCUUAGGAGCACUAGAUAAUUCAUAUUGGACAGAGGCUUUCCCCUCCCUUCCCUGAUAAAUACUUGGGGUAUUCUGUCACUGUUAGCUGUUCCGCACAAUUAUUGUUAAACUGUUCCACACAAUUAUUGUUAAACUUUAAUGCAGCUCUUA